GCAUUUUCCGGCAGAUGACUUCCGGUUGAUUUGGCGCGGAAUUGUUGUGACAGAUUUUGUGGAGGUCUAUUUUAUUAGCAUACAGAAGGAAUAGCUAUUGCUGAAUUAAAACGGGCUUAACAGUAAAUGAAAUGGCACCUGUAUCGGGUAAACAUGUUGAGGAACAGGACAGUGGCACAGUAGCAGAUAACUCUGAAAGCUUUGCUGCAUCACGCUCACGUCGAGAGAAGAAACGAAAAGCUGGACGUGUGGCAGCUCUAGAGUGUUUGAAGAAGGUCAAGGCUGGAGAGAAGGUCAAAUAUGAGGUUGAGAAUUUUGCUAGCAUCUACGAGGAAGUUGAUGAAGAAGAGUACUCAAAGAUUGUUAGAGAACGACAGGAAGAUGACUGGAUCAUAGAUGAUGAUGGAACUGGUUAUGUGGAAGAUGGGAGAGAGAUUUUUGAUGAAGAGCUUGAUGAUGAUGCCCUUGAGCGUACUGCAGGAAAAAAUGAAAAAGGUGCUGCAAACAAAGAUAAGAAAACUGUUAAAAAAUGCACUGUAACAAAACCCAACAGCAUCAAAUCUAUGUUUAUGGCCAGUGCUGUGAAAAACACUUCUGAAAAAGAAGUUGAUUUAUCCAAAGAUGAUUUAUUGGGAGAUCUCUUACAAGACUUGAAAUCUGGGGCAUCAUCUUUAAUUACACCACCACCAGUUGUGAUGCUGAAGAAAAAAAAACCUGCGGGCGUACCAGUAAAUCCUUUCGCCAUAGAACGGCAGUCUGCCAAGAUAUCCCCAGUGCCUCCCUCAAAAAAGCUUUCAUCUGUUAGUGCUGAACCUGCAUGUAUAAUUCCAUCUCAGAAAAAGCAUGUUGGCUAUGUUCCCAAACCUGCAGUUUUCAAAGAGAAGGACAGUAAAGCACUUGAGAGGGGCAAUCUUAAGAAGGAUGAGCAUGACAGAGACUUUGUGAAAGUGAAAGAAGAAGCCGAAAGUAAUGAAGGGGAGGACAGUGGCUUAAUGGACUUUGAUGAAGGUGAUUUUGAUGAACCCAUGGAAGCAGAGAAUGAGACCGGUGCUGCUGUGCACCUGAAAGAGGAUCAGCAGAAUGGAGACGUGAUAACUGUAUUAAAGACUGAGGAGAAGUGUAUGGUGAAUAACAAAUCUGCAAUGAAUCAAGUUCUACCUGAAUCUUUUGGAUGGGACCCAUUGGAUCAGCUUGAUGGUGAUGGCGCUACAGCAGAUGUUCAGAUAGAUUCAAGUCAACUCCCACUUGUGACUGGACCGGAUGGAGAUCAGGUGUUCCGGUUCUUCUGGGUGGAUUCCUAUGAUGACCAGUAUAGUCAUCCAGGUGUUGUGUACCUUUUUGGAAAAGUCUGGAUCGAGUCUGCAGGUUCAUUUGUUAGCUGCUGUGUCACUGUCAAGAGCAUUGAUCGAGUUAUAUAUAUUUUACCUCGAGAAAUGCGAAUGGAUCUCCACAGCGGUAAAGACACUGGGACUCCUAUCACAAUGAUGGAUGUUUAUCAAGAAUUCAGCGAAAAGAUUUCAGAAAAAUACAAGAUAAUGAAGUUCAGAUCAAAGAAAGUUGAAAAGCUUUAUGCUUUUGAAAUUCCAGAUGUUCCUGCACAGUCGGAGUACUUAGAAGUCAGGUAUUCGGCAGAAAUGUGUCAACUCCCUCAAGACCUUAAAGGAGAGACCUUUUCCCAUGUGUUUGGAACAAACACUUCAAGCCUGGAACACUUACUGUUGAGUAGAAAGAUCAAGGGACCCUGCUGGCUUGAUGUAAAAACACCACAGCUGUGUCAGCAGCCAGUCAGUUGGUGCAAAGUUGAAGCCAUAGCAAUGAAGCCUGAAUUUGUCAAUGUGGUGAAAGAUGCUGCAGUACCCCCUCCACUUGUAGUAAUGGCUGUUACCAUGAAGACUAUGCAGAAUACAAAGAGUCAUCAAAAUGAGAUUGUUGCUGUAGCAGCACUAGUACAUCAUAAAUUUCCAUUGGAUAAAGCUCCUCCUCAGCCUCCAUAUCAGACUCAUUUCUGUGUUCUCAGUAAACCAGUGGAUUGCAUCUUUCCUUUUGACUUGAAAGAAGCUGUAAAAAGAAGGAAUGUCAAGGUUGAAAUUGCAGCUACUGAGAGGACACUACUUGGAUUUUUUCUUGCAAAGGUUCACAAGAUUGACCCUGAUGUUAUUGUGGGUCAUGACAUUUAUGGGUUUGAUAUGGAAGUCCUUUUGCAAAGAAUUAGUGCCUGUAAAGUGCCACAUUGGUCAAAGAUUGGCCGUCUUAAAAGAUCCAUUAUGCCAAAACUUGGGGGACGCAGUGGUUUUGCAGAGAGGAAUGCUGCCUGUGGCCGAAUGAUUUGUGAUAUCCAGAUUUCAGCUAAAGAGCUGAUUCGGUGUAAAAGCUACAAUUUAUCUGAGCUGGUCCAUCAAAUUUUGAAGACUGAAAAAAUUGUAAUCCCACCAGAAAAUAUUAAGAACAUGUACAGUGAGUCCAGUCAGUUGCUAUACCUGUUGGAAAACACCUGGAUGGAUGCCAAAUUCAUUCUACAGAUCAUGUGUGAGCUAAAUGUUCUCCCGCUGGCACUGCAGAUCACAAACAUUGCUGGGAAUGUCAUGUCAAGAACGCUAAUGGGGGGUCGCUCUGAAAGGAAUGAGUUUCUGCUGCUACAUGCCUUCCAAGAGAAGAACUAUAUAGUACCAGACAAGCCUUCUUUCAAGAAACCUCAACAGGAUCCUAUUGAUGAAGAUGAUGACCUUGAUGUAACUGCAAACAAGGCUAAAAAGGGCCGUAAGAAAGCAGCCUAUACUGGUGGUUUAGUGUUAGAACCCAAAGUUGGUUUCUAUGACAAGUUCAUUCUGCUGCUCGAUUUCAACAGCCUAUACCCUUCAAUCAUUCAAGAAUUCAACAUCUGUUUCACCACAGUGCAAAGAGUGUUUUGUGGCACUUCACACAAAAAAUCUGAGGAGGAAGAGGAAGAAGCGAUUCCAGAGUUACCAGAUCAAGAGCUUGAAAUGGGAGUUUUGCCAAAGGAAAUCAGAAAACUCGUGGAGAGGAGACGUCAUGUCAAACAGCUAAUGAAACAGCAAGACCUGAACCCUGAUCUCUACUUACAGUAUGACAUAAGACAGAAGGCUCUGAAGCUAACUGCGAACAGCAUGUAUGGUUGUUUGGGGUUUUCUUACAGUAGAUUCUAUGCCAAGCCAUUGGCAGCCUUGGUGACCCACAAAGGCAGAGAGAUUCUGUUGCACACAAAGGACAUGGUUCAAAAGAUGAAUCUGGAAGUUAUUUAUGGAGACACAGAUUCUAUCAUGAUAAAUACCAACAGUACUAACUUAGAGGAAGUCUUCAAACUGGGAAACAAGGUAAAGAAUGAAGUAAAUAAGCUAUACAGACUUCUGGAGAUUGACAUCGAUGGUGUUUUCAAGGCUCUCUUGCUACUGAAGAAAAAGAAGUAUGCUGCUUUGACAGUGGAGCAGACAUCUGAUGGCAAAUAUACCACAAAACAGGAACUGAAAGGUUUAGAUAUUGUGAGAAGAGACUGGUGUGAUCUGGCAAAAGAAUGUGGAAACUAUGUACUCAGUCAGAUUCUUUCAGACCAACCUAGGGACACCAUUGUUGAGAACAUACAGAAAAUGCUAAUGGAAACUGGAGAAAAUGUUUCAAAUAGCAGUGUCCCACUUGUAAAGUUUGAAAUUCACAAGUCAUUGACAAAGGAUCCACAAGACUACCCAGAUAAAAAAACCUUGCCACAUGUGCAUGUUGCAUUAUGGAUCAACUCUCAUGGAGGACGAAAGGUGAAAGCUGGGGAUACAGUAUCAUAUGUCAUCUGUCAGGAUGGCUCAAAUUUAGUUGCCAGUCAGAGAGCCUAUGCCCUUGAGCAGCUACAGAAGCAAGAAAACCUCACAAUUGAUGCACAAUACUACCUUUCUCAGCAGAUCCAUCCAGUAGUUACUCGAAUCUGUGAGCCUAUUGAUGGAAUAAAUUCUGCACUUAUUGCUUCAUGGUUAGGUCUAGAUCCAGCUCAGUUCCGUGUCCAUCAAUUUCAGAAGGACGAUGAGACUGACGCAAUGCUUGGUGGCCCUACUCAACUUACAGAUGAAGAAAAGUAUCGAGAUUGUGAAAGGUUUACAUUCUGUUGUCCAAAAUGUGGAACGGAAAACAUCUAUGACAAUGUUUUUGACGGAUCGGGUCAAAAUACAGAACCAAGUUUGCUUCGUUGCUGUAAUGUCGGAUGUGAUGGUUCACCAGUGAACUUUGUGACACAGAUAAGCAACAAACUUAUCUUGGAUGUACGACGCCACAUCAGAAAGUACUACAGUGGCUGGUUAAUCUGUGAAGAACAAACAUGUCAGAAUCGGACAAGGCGUCUUCCUCUCAGUUUCUCCCGGACUGGCCCAGUAUGUCAAGCAUGUCUGAAGGCUUCAAUGAGACCUGAGUAUCCGGACAAAGCCUUAUACACCCAGCUGUGCUAUUAUCGAUUCAUAUUUGACUGGGACUAUGCAAGGAAGAAUGUACUUUCUGAAGGAGACAGAGGUUUUGGAUCAAAGCAUAGUCUUAUGUGGUCAGACGUGGCAAACGAGUAUAAGAAGCUAAAGGAUGUGGUAGAGAAAGUGCUAUCUGUUAGCAGCUAUUCAGAAGUGAACCUCAGCAAGCUCUUCCAGUCUCUCAGCACUUUUAAGUAGACCACCUUAAUGGCAACUGUGAUUGAUUUGUUAAAGUUUUUGUCUGUACCACAAAAGCCCCAGUGAUGUGGUUGUGUGGCUGUUAAUAAUAUGAGCAAUCAUUGAUCUUUCUUUUUGACUCACUUUUUUUUUUGCUAGGUGUACCAUAUGUAUAUCACUUUUUACAGAGGAAUCAGGACAUAGGUUUUCAUAACGUGUCCGCUUGCGCUCAGUGACCAUAAACUGUACUGCUUACCAGCAUUUAUAUGCAUGUGUUAUUUCUUGGGGAACCUCUCUGUUGAAUCCCCAACAGUUCGUCAGCCUGGGAAGAAGCUAUUGAAGUCCUGAACUGUAAGUCAUCUGGCUGUCUCUGGAAAAAAAUUACUGUUGAAACUUUGUUAAAUUGUAGAUGUGAAGAAAACUUGUACAGUCUAUUACUCUAGAUAUUGAAACAUGCAUUUACUGUAGUAUGUGCAAAACUUCAUGUUUUUUGCAUUUGUUUAGGUUAUUUAUGGUAAUAUUACUUUUCCUAACAGUUGUCAUGAGAAGGGUAUCAAGAAGUUAAAUUGGCUCACAGAAAAUCUAAAAGCUAAUUAUUUAAUUCCUGUCUAGUUUUUUAUGAAACAGUCAUAAUGUACCAUUACUUCUUAAAUGUCAAGAAGUACAUUCCUGGCAUUCUAUAGGCAAUGGUUUAAAAAUAGCUUAUCAUUAAUCAGAUGUUGACCAUACUCUUGUACAGACUGGUAAAACAUUUUGCUUUGAUUAAGUAAAGGUGGUUACUAAGAGCCUUCACAAGGAUAAGAUUCAGAAACUAAGCAAACAAAUGCUUUACUUUAUGGAAUAUGUAAUUAUAAAAGGCAACUUCUACAUACCUGGUAUUAUGCAUUCUGCAAUUUUAGAGAUGUUCAGUGUUUACUGCAACUAAGCCGCUAGUUUCUUAAUGAAAAUUUGGUGAGCCAUUUAUUUUAAUCAGUUUUACAAUGGACCGGCACGAUAAAUGCUGCUGUUGGUAUAAGGACAGUAACAAAUAAAUUUACGUUCCAAAAUCUUUACAGAGAGAAAGCACAUUUCUUCAACUAUGCACCCCUUGAGGAAAGAGUUUCCAUUAACAGACAUAAUGUUUUUUAAAUACAGAUGACUUUUCUUUGAAUGGUUCAGUACACGAAGCAAUGGUCUCAGAAAACUUGAGUUUGACAUUUUUCAGACUCAAGACUGACUAACUUUUUCUAGCUUUCAAGGCUGUAGAUUCCAAAGUAUGUCUGUCUUGUGUACAAAUGUAAAUAUUGUUAUAAUUUUCUAAAUGGAAAUGCUUUUGAACAGAGAAGAGGGGGGCAUAGAUUUAUCUUAGUUUUCUAUUUAGCUUUUUAAAUGCCAUCCUUGAUGUGUUGAAUAAUGGCUUGGAGUGCUAGUAGGUGCACUGAUUUGUGUUUUUAUAUGCUCUAAAACAUAUAUUCCAUUUUUAAACUUUUUUAUGAAUCUUUGAUUUAUCAGUAAUUAAUAACUGGACUUCUUUGGUCAUAAAUGCAGUGCACUUACUUUUGUUCUCAACUACAGAGCAUUUUUGCAAGGUUAUUGAUGCAGCACUGUUUUUAAAUUAAAUUGUAUUUUUCUAUUUUCUGUGUAAAGUACCUUUUUACAUAGGUUUCAGCUGAAUGUUGGCAGAUAAUAUUGGAAUGGCAUUUGAUUGAUUUGUUACAUGGUGUCCAAACCAGCUAUUUUAAAACAAUAAACAUUUCCACAUACUUUAAAUGAAAAAUUUUGUGCUGUUAAUAAAAAUAAUUU